UCAGCCAUAGCAAAAAUCAUUGGCAACAAUGUCCAGAAGUCCAACAGAUUUGAUCCCAUCGUCAAGAUGUGGGUAUUUGAAGAGAUCAUCAAUGGAAGAAAACUCUCGGAAAUAAUCAACAGUGAACACACAAAUGUGAAAUAUCUUCCUGGUUACAAGAUACCUGAAAAUGUGGUGGCUGUACCGGAUGUGGUUGAAGCAAUGAAAGGGGCGGACAUUUUUGUAUUUGUUUUACCUCAUCAAUUCAUUGGACGAAUCUGCGACCAGAUCGCAGGUCGGAUAAAACCCGGAGCAUUCGGGAUUUCGCUGAUCAAAGGGAUUGAUGAAGGUCCUGAAGGCCUGAGGCUCAUCUCUAACAUCAUUCAAGAGAAACUGAAAAUAGAAAUUAGUGUGCUUAUGGGAGCCAACAUCGCCAAAGAAGUGGCUGAUGAGAAGUUCUGUGAAACCACCAUCGGGUGCAAAAAUGAAAAACAAGGGCAGAUAUUUAAAGAGUUAUUGCAGACCCCCAAUUUCAGGAUUACCGUGGUGGAUGACUGUGAUACAGUGGAGAUCUGUGGAGCCUUAAAAAACAUAGUAGCAGUAGGAGCUGGGUUCUGCGAUGGACUGGAUUUUGGCGAUAAUACCAAGGCAGCAGUUAUACGGUUAGGCCUUAUGGAAAUGGUGGCCUUUGCAAAGAUGUUCUGCAAGGGACCAGUAUCAAUAGCCACUUUUCUGGAAAGCUGUGGCAUUGCUGAUCUAAUCACUACCUGCUACGGGGGACGCAACAGAAAAGUAGCUGAAGCCUUUGCUCGCACCGGAAAAUCCAUUGAGCAACUGGAAAAUGAGAUGCUGAAUGGGCAAAAACUACAGGGUCCUCAAACUUCAGCAGAGGUCUACAAGAUCCUGAAACAGAAAAACGUGCUUGAUAAGUUUCCAUUAUUCAGGAGCAUCUACCAGAUCUGCUACGAGGGUAGAGCAGUCCAGGAUUUCAUCUCGUGUCUGCAAAAUCACCCACAACACAUUUAGAAAUAUACUCUACUCAUCUGGUCGUAUACUCAUCUUUUCAGGACUUCUACCCACUCCACAGCAAAUAAAGUAGACAAACAGGUUGUGCGGCAAUGCUUGCUGUGAAAGCAACAUAGACUGUAUUUCAGUAUCCUCAUUCUGGGGUUUUUAAAAAAAAAAAAAAAAAAAAAAAACACACACUGCCUUGAAUUUCAACAUUAUAUCCAAGGAAGAGGAAAUGAAUGGAGAAUUUGACUGUAUUUGAUUUGGGUUAGUAAUUUGGGCAUUAGCCAAGAAUUACUGUCUUGUUGAUUAAAAACAGUUCCCCAUGUUAUUUCCCAUAACAAAGUUCAAUAUUGCUCACACGAGGCUCAGCAUUUUGCCUGCUAAUAUUACUGUUAUAAAAACAGCACAAGAUGCAGAAAGUUUGAAGAACUUCUCAAAACAAAAAUCAAAAUUAGUUUAAAAAAAAUCUGCAAAAGAUGCAAGUAUGUGGGCAAACAUGAGUUUCUGUAAUUCCCCCGACACAAACAGCAUAAGAUUUUGCAUUUUGUGACAUUUAGUCCUCCCUCGAUUUUGUUUCCCAGUGUAAGCCUCUUUGGAAAAGAAGAGGUAUUGUUAUUGUGCUCAGACAUACACAAAUGUACAACAGAAGUAAAAUGAAACAAUUUUUGGGGGGGGG